GGGACGUUGCUCGAUAGCUCCGCUAACCGCACGACUGUAGCUCUGCUGGUUUAGCGUCUGGUAGCAACAUGGAGGAUGGAGCAUUGCUAUAGCAAACUGUUUCUUGAUAUAUUAGAAGCAUAACCUUUCUAACUGAAUAUUAAAGGGAUACAGUAAACUUUUGAACUCUCUUUCUAGCUUAAAGAAAACCCAUCUCUGAGAUAUGGCUGAUCUUUUGGGCAAUCGGCUGUGCAUGGAAAACUUACAGAGUGAUAUCCAAGAUGUACAGUGGAUAAUUAAUGAUGUCUCAUCUCGUACUGGACCUAUCAAGCUUUCGUCGUGGAAGUUUCCAGACAAGCUGUCAUGGGAGCUAGAUACAGAAGAACUACUUCAAACAUAUGGCUAUGCUCCUGAUGAAACAGAAGAAAAUCAAGUAGCCCACAUUGCACUAUAUGAGCUCUUGAUUGACAGAUUGGUUUCAUUCAUUCAAGGAACUGCAAUCUAUCUGAAUCAGAUUCAACAUCUGGACAAGGCUUCUGACAAUGCAUCUGCACCUCCCACUUCUGUGGGUCUAGCUGUGCGACAUUUCUGGGACCAGCUUGUCAAUGCACAGACUGUGAUUCUGCAACUUUAUUCUCAGAACAAGUCCAAUGCCACCAAGAUUUCUGAACUGGAAAAAACAAUAAAAAACUUGAGUUCACAACAUGCUCAUCUUUCAUCUAAAAGUUCUUUUGCGACCCACUUCCUGGAUCAGGAGUCACAAUAUUAUAAAAGCUCAGAUGUAAAGACUAUAUCUCAUGAUGAAAUCAGCAAAUCCUGUCAAACAGUGGAAACUGCUUUUGUUCCAUGUGAAUCUUGUGAUCUGGUUCAGAAGAAGAUGAGAGAAUCUGGUGAUUUGAUUAUUCAAGUAUGCCAGAAACAGGGACUACCAUCAUGUCUCAGAAAAUACAGAUCUCAGUUGGCUGAUGUAAAGUGGCUGAGCAGUAAUGAUGUAUCUCGCUGGAUGGCUGAAGAGAACAAGGAUGUUCAGAGGCUGUGCAAACAUAUUGAGUGUGUAUCAAACGUCAUAGAACCCUUAAAAGCAGAGGUAACGGCAUUUCAGCAGGAGACACAGAAGGCAGAAAAAGUGGCAAAGGAAUGUGAGAGAGCAUUGAAUCUUGAAAAAGAAACACAAGAAGCUAUUAAAAAACAAUAUGAGAUAAAACUGAAGAAGACACAGAUCGAGCAUGAAUUCAUUUUGGCAGAUCUUGAGUGCCAGAAAAAGGAGCUGUUACUCAAACACACAAACUUGGAGAAAGUCCUAGAAGAUCAUAAGAUAAAAUCUUCUGAACUUCAGAUCUCCUUGGAGCAAACUGAGGCCAAAUGUUUGGAAUUGAAGAGAGAUCUACAAAACAAGACAGAGGCAGUUGAAAGGCUGGAGAGUGUAGAGAAUGAAGUGGAAAGCCUGAGACAAGAGUUAUCUGAAGUUACAUCAAAACUAGAAGUUGCAACCAAAACACUUACCAAAGAACAAGGCAAGAAUAAAAGUGCUGCACAGCAUAACCAGCAAGUAAAAACAAAACAAAAUAUGCUAUCAGAACGCAUUAGUGAACUGAAUGAAGAGAAUGAAAACCUCAGGGAGCAAGUAGGUGCUCUGGAGGAAGAAAGCCAACAUCUGGAGGAGUCUCUGCAGGAAGCACGCAGGGAAGCACAGCAGAUGCAAAAAGAAAAAGCAAACCAAGAGGUCAUCAUCAAAAAUCUGAAUGCAGAAAAGGCUGAACUAGAGCGCUGUAUUGAGGAGACAGAAGCACAGAUAAAGGAGCUUGAGGUCCAAGUGGAGCAAGCCAAAGAGAGGGAAAGGAUGCUGAUCGAGUAUCCAGACCUUAAUGGCCCAGUCAAUCCAGAUUUGCAUGGCACAGGUGACAUAGCAACUGACAUGGAGAACCAGGUGAAAGCAAACAUCAUGCGUAUCCAAGUACUGGAGGAUCUAAAUGAAAGACUCAGGCGAUCCAUUACAAAGGUGUUAUCAGCUGGUCUUGGUACAUCAGCUAGCAGCAAUUCUGUUCCUAAGCCAGUUCCUCUAUUGGAGCCUCAUCACUUGCACAGUCUGAACCAGCAGAAUGACACAUCAGCACCAGUAGCACCUUUACAGGUACACUGUGCGAAUUCACAAAAUGUCAUGCCACUUCAAAUGCAGGCUUCCAGUGUUACCUCAGAAUCAUCACAAAAAUCCACAUCUUCAAAAUUUUCAGAAUACUUUGUGGUGGGGAAAAUGGCUGCAGAGACCGGGAAGAAUAAAAAGCCAGCACACAAGUCUUCUGCUCAAAGAAGCAGCAACGGUAUGAUAAGCACCAGUUUUGCUCCAGUAAACAGCACAAGUAUAGGCACCUACAAGAAAAUAAAAAAGUCUGUGGGACAGUCAAGACCUGAUAUCCCAAGUGGCAAAGGAAAAAGCUUACAAAGUGGUCACAGCUCACACGGAAUUUAUGUGCCUCAUGAAGAGGACUAUGCUUCUCUACAAUGUUACAUCUGUGACAACUGUGAUAAGAUGUACACUAAUACAAGAGACCUGACCAUUCACAAAUUGUACUGUACUAGGUAGACGGCUAGUCCCUCAACAUUCUUGGGAUUAGGAGUGUACAGAGCAUACAGCAUCACAUCUAGAGCCUUAGGGCAAGAUCAGGUGAAAGCUGAAGCUAGUAACUGGAGAAUCAAUAAGGACUCUGUUCCAGAAAGACAUCUCUUCUUAUGGUGUUUGGAACUAGUUUACACCAUGUCCUAGGACUGUUAUAAGUCCACUCAGGACUCUGACAUAUAACUCUCAUGCUGUCUGCAGUUGACAACAGCUUCUGUGGUUUCUUGAAGCUGUGAUGUAGAAAUGUAGUUUCAUAAACUGUAAUUUGAAGAAUACAGAUCUGCUGGAUUAGGAACCUAAGUUAUGUAUAAAAAUUUUAAUAUUCUGCAAAUAUUUAGUGAUUCACAAAAUUCCCUUUAGGACUGCACUUUGAGAAUAGAGUAAUAGAGAGAUAACAGGGAACUUAUUCCAACGAAUUUAAAUGACUCCAUAAAUCUACUUUGCAGAGCAAAUUAUGACAUACUUUUAUGACACAGGGGAAGAAAGGGAGAGGAACUGAGGAACUGACAGUCAAAUGGACAGCACCCUUACCCCUCUCCCUCCCUCUUACCUAUGUGAAUGUGCUGUCGUCCUGUGUUAUAUUGAAUACUCUGGCUAGUAUGCUAUAGAGUUCCAUAGCCUAGUAAUUGUAGGAACAGUGUAAUUAAGCAGUUGACUAUGCACAAGGCAUGACAUGCAUGAGGCAGAGCAGAAUCCUUUCUUUCUCUUGCCAUCUUUUAUCAAACGGACAAUUGCAAAAACAUCUGGUACAGUAAAUGACAUGAAAAUAAGUAUCCAGCAACAUUUUCAUAUUUUCAUGCUAGUAGUGUGAUUAUAUAUACAUGUGUAUAUGUAAAACAUGCAUAAAAACUUUUUUUUCAGGAAUAAUUCAUUAAAAAGCAUUCUUUGCUACUGUUUGCUGUGGGGGUUUUUUCUUCAUGUAGGGGUACAUUGUUGUACAUACAUGUACACACUUGAAUCUCUUGGAAAAUUGCACAGGCAAACCCCACUAUUAAUGUUCUUUAAUCAGGUCUACCGUUGCCAUUGGUUAAAAGGAGAUUUUCAAGAUCACUUUAAUUUGUUUGAUUAUAAAUUCAACCCCAUGUAGGCUAUAAUUUAUGUGUUUAAAAACUGUACUUAUUCACUGCACACUGAAGUGCUCUCAAGCAGAUAUAUUAAGAUUAACCCAUUUACGCCUUACAGUCCAUUAUUGGAAAAAAUUUUUUUUUCUUUAAAUUCGAUCU